CCUGCGGUUUUGUAAGAGGUGAAAGAAAGUGGGUAUCAGAAAGGAGAAGCCUUUCUGCCAGAAAUGGGAAGAAACUGGUACAGGCUCGGCGGCGGUAACGGCGUCAAGGACGUUAACGGCGGCGGCGGCGGCGGUGGUGAUGGAAGAGGAAGAGAAGUUUCCUCGUAUAACUCAACGAGAAAAAUCAGAAGACACGAGAGCCGCAAUACUCACAGUAGAAAUGCAGCUUCUGGUUGCAUGGCUGCUCUGUUCCAAUUCUUGGAUUUCCACCAUUUUUACUUUCCUUCACAUCACCACCAUCCCACCAUUGAUUCUCUCCCCGAGCAUCCAAAAGGGUUGCAGCCACCAAGAAACAGCUUGGAGUUAACGGAGGAGCCUCCCUUUUCAUCAACCUGCAAGGACAGGGACAGAGAAAUUGUGAAUAUCCCAAUGGGCAUUAGAGUGAAAACAGAUGCUGGAGACUCAAGAUUGAAACUCAGACCUCUGGCCAUGGAAACAUCAUUUUCUUCGUCUAAAAUGGGCACUUCUCCGGGCACCAAGACACCAAGUUUGGUGGCUCGACUAAUGGGUCUCGAUCUUCUUCCUGAUCACAUAAACCUUAAUCAUUCAUCACCAGGCCUUCAUGCAAUGUCAAGUCACAGAACAAAAAGUAGAUUACCCGCCCAUAAACUCUCCUUGAAUGGCAAAACCACUGGGACUAGGUCCGUUCCCGAGAGCCCCAGGGUCUCCUCUGCUCGGAAAUCGGACUUCGACAUUCAUCGCCUCUCUCUUCAGCUAAACAAAGAGAAUAAGCACGAGGAAUUUGGGUUUUCGAGACCGAAAGAGUUGACGCGAGAAGAGGAGAGUCAGAGUCCCCGAGAUUAUGCCAAGCAGAUACUGAAUCAAAUUAAGGAGAGGGUGAUCACCAGGAGAGUUGGUAUGGAUAUAACGAGCACAGUCAAGAACAGAGAGGCAGAGCCAGGAAGAAAGGACUGCGAACUUAGGAGAAACUCUCCAAUUUCUUGCUCACCAAGAGACAGAUUCCCAGAAAAGGAAAAUAAACCAAGCAUCAAUCAGAGAGAUCUAUCCCCGUCUAUGGCAAGAACGGAUCAAAUCCCUCAGCACCAUAAGAUACCCCCAAGGGUAGAAGAAAGUCUGAAAAGAGUGAAACAUCAGCAGGUGAGAUCCAUCAAGAGAUACAAGGAGGAGAAUGGUGAAACAAUGUCAAAUCCAAUAUCAAAAAGGCCUUCUCUAACAUCCGGCGGCAUUCGGAACAAGCAGGAAGAGAUCUUCUUUAUGACAUCAAGAAACUCGAAAGCCGAUUGCUAUAAUCAUCAGAGAAACAAGAAGAAAACCCAUGUUUUGAAUGAUCUUACAAACAUCUCUGCGCCAUCAACUGUCCCUGUGAAGAAAAUCCCUUCUCCUGCCACAAAACUUCCUCAGAAACAGUCUCGAGGACCGGAACGGAGUUCAAAGCCCUUAAUACGCUUCAAUCAAACGUACAAACACAAGGAGAUUCUCCUGCAAGUAGCUCGAAACCCAGAUUUGGACGAGACAACCGCCAUUGCAGCCACCUCCACAGCUACAGGAGGAACCAAAGUCGAAAACGAGUACGCCACCAGAAUAUUGAGCUACACAGGCAUAACAGACACCGACUCACCCGUUUCCUCUGCAAAAUUGUCCUCCGAACGUUAUCCGCUAGAUCUUUCUAUUUUCCGAAGCCUUGAGCAUUCAGGACAAAGAAUGUCUGGAUCAUUGAGUUUACCGUGCAAUCGGAGACUGUUGUUCGAUCUGGUGAACGAGAUUAUGGUCGGUAUCCUCAAUCCGCACACGAAACAUCGCCGGAACUACAAUGGGUCGGAACUCGUCAGAAAAAUUUGUUUAUCCAUAGAAAAUUACACACGACCGAGUUUCCCAAAUCCAGAAGAGAUAGAUACUUUGUUCUCCGGGAAUCUGCCGGAGACGAAGAAAGCUGAAGAAGGAGAAGGAGAAGGAAUCGUCGCAGAGAUUGAGCGGGAAAUCGUCGACGCUCUCAUGGAAGAAACGACGUCGGAUUUUAACUUGUACACGACGAAUAGAAACGGCGUCGUAUUAGGAAGACGAAUAAAAACGAUAUCGUUUUAGGUUCUAAAGUUGUUGAGCCAUAUUAGCCGUCAGAUCUAGGACUGACAUAUGUGUCGCCUUGUUAUUGGUGAAGAAUAUAUUAUAUAAUAUGCCUUCGAUUGUGAUGUUUGAC